AUGUUCUGCAUCGCCAAGGAUUUGGGUGACCUGUUGAGCGGCAGCAACAGCUUUGUGCCAUUCGGUCGCUUCCGGCGGUCUUUCCAUCUGCCCGACGAGUGCCAUCGCACUCAGAUGGGCCUGGCGCGGGGGCUGGGGACUUACGACUACCUGAGGGCGCCACAGUUUGACCUCGAAGACGUCCACAACGACAGCUACUCCCGCACGUACUUUGACCUGCCCGAGAAGUACAAGUACGACCAGACCACCCAGACGGGCAUUGGAGCCGCCGACACGUUCUACUUGCCGGCGCAGCGCAAGACCACCCACCCCCAGGACACCACCUGCUCGUCGCGCAAGGAUGGGCUCGGGCAGCGCAGCAGCCUGACGGAGAUGGGCACCUGGAGCCCUCAUAAAGGGCUCGACUAG